AUGACAACGCAAACAAACUUAGAAGUUUUCGCCCAUGGACUAGUGAAAGUUUUCAAAGAACAAUGGGGAGUCGAUGUAUGGCUCAAGCCCGGCCACAACAAUGAUGGUGACGAACUCAUCGCUGCCCACAAAAUUAUUCUGGCAGCAAGAUCAAAGGUGUUUGCGACCAUGUUUGAAUCUGACAAAAUAAAGAACUGGACUGUUCACGAGACAAUAACUCUCUCCGAUCUUAAACGUGAAGAGUUAGAGGUUUUUGUCGAGUUUUGUUACGCUGGAGAGUGCAUGCCUUCCGAGAAGCUGAAGAAACAUGCAAUGUCCCUGUACCGUGCUGCUGAAAAAUACGAGAUUCCUUAUUUACGGGAUCUAUGUAGAAACCAUAUUAUGUCAUCUAUAAACGCUUCAAACGCUGUUGAAAUUCUAGAGCUCUCAAGACUACCUUUCGACAAAACCCUCUGCGAAUUUGCUAACAAUUAUAUCGACUUUCACUCGAGUAUGAUUUUCCCUUUAGGUAGGUUUAGAACUUAA